GAGUUGCGUGAUUGCUCGUUCUGUUCCAUAGCCAAUUAGUAUCGAGCGGGUAAAAAAUGCAGUGUCUACCUGUGUCGCUCAAGAUCCAGAUGAGAGUUUUUGGUCUGUACCUUCUCCUCGUGGUGGCGGGGGCUGGCAGCACUUAUGCGCAGUGGGACCUCUUGGAGAAGAACUAUUUAAACGGCGAUCGGGGGCAGAUGAUGCCCCGAAUCCUAAAAACGGAUUCGUACGCCACAUACAACGCCUCCUUCAAGGACCUGCUGGCGCGCGGCAACUUGAGCUUCCUGUCUCCGAACGAUGUGAACGGCCUGCCGAAGACCUUGUGGAGCAAGUAUGAUGCGUUUUCCCUGCUCACGCUGAGGGACAACGUACGGGACUUGGUGACGCCGUAUUUGUCGCAGCGCGUCAGGGAUGAGAUGGACGUCCUGAGGAGAGUCAACGUCACCCAGGCCCAGGCCAUCGACAGGCUCAAGAGCUUGCUUGUGGACGUUAACGCACGUCGGUUGGAAGUGAUUAUGCUGUUGAAGCUGCUGGGGGACUCACGGGAGUGGGCGGAGGUGAACAUCACCGACCUGAAGCCUAUCCUCUUCUAUUUGCCCAUCGACUUGCUGACCAACCUUCGUGACGAGCGUUCCGUUGCCAGACUAUACGAAGAAGUGAAACUCUGUAUGAACAAUACGGGCAACAAGUCAGCCUCGUGCCCGAGUCAGGCCGAGUCUAGGGGCGAGGGGACAACACCGCGCGCCCAGUACAUGCUGUCGCUGCGGGCGUGGCUCAUCGAGAAGACCUACGGCGACCCCAGGAACUGGGACCGCGACACCUUCGCCAAGAUGACCAACCUCAGUAUCCUGCCCGACGCUGUCUUCCUUCGCCUCCGUCCUGACGUCCUACUGACACGCAAGGAUGAGAUCUUAUCUUCUAAGGAGAAGGGUGGCUGGGCGCUCAAGGUGCAAGCCCUGGGCCGCAACUUCGUGGAAAAAGUCUUAAAAGUCGAGAACGUUCGCCGCGACGAUUUCAACCCACGUCCGCUCGUCUCGCAGCAAGAAAUCGAGAGAAUCAAGGCUGUUAUCAGCCCGCUGCGCACUGCAGGUCUGAUGCAGUUCGUGUACGCCACAGACCUGCCCAAUGAGGUGCUCGACGCCGACGACAGACGCAUCCGCAACGAAACCGACAAGUUCACCGUCACCGCUAUACAAGAUGGCUCCAUCGAUGCCUUGGUGCUGGAAGCCAAUAUUCAGAGCUUCGUCUACCCUACGCAGCCUCUCAGCAUUGAAAAAAUCCGUAACCUGG